AUGGAAUCUGGGAGAAGGGGAUGGAAUCUGGGAGAAGGGGAUGGAAUCUGGGAGAAGGGGAUGGAAUCUGAGAGAAGGGGAUGGAAUCUGGGAGAAGGGGAUGGAAUCUGGGAGAAGGGGAUGGAAUCUGGGAGAAGGGGAUGGAAUCUGGGAGAAGGGGAUGGAAUCUGGGAGAAGGGGAUGAAAUCUUGGAGAAGGGGAUGGAAUGAGGGAGAAGGGGAUGGAAUCUGGGAGAAAGGGAUGGAAUCAGGGAGAAGGGGAUGGAAUCAAGAAGAAGGGGAUGGAAUUUGGGAGAAGGGGAUGGAAUCUGGGAGAAGGGGAUGGAAUCGGGGAGAAGGGGAUGGAAUCCGGGAGAAGGGGAUGGAAUCUGGGAGAAGGGGAUGGAAUCUGGGAGAAGGGGAUGGAAUCGGGGAGAAGGGGAUGGAAUCUGGGAGAAGGGGAUGGAAUGAGGGACAAAGGGAUGGAAUCUGGGAAAAGGGGAUGGAACGUGGGAGAAGGGGAUGGAAUCUGGGAGAAGGGGAUGGAAUUUGGGAGAAGGGGAUGGAAUCUGGGAGAAGGGGAUGGAAUCUGGGAGAAGGGGAUGGAAUCUGGGAGAAGGGGAUGGAAUCUGGGAGAAGGGGAUGGGAUCAGGGAGAAGGGGAUGGAAUCGGGGAGAAGGGGAUGGAAUCUGGGAGAAGGGGAUGGAAUCUGGGAGAAGGGGGUGGAAUCUGGGAGAAGGGGAUGGAAUCCGGGAGAAGGGGAUGGAAUAUGGGAGAAGGGGAUGGAAUCUGGGAGAAGGGGAUGGAAUCUGGGAGAAGGGGAUGGAAUCUGGGAGAAGGGGAUGGAAUCUGGGAGAAGGGGAUGGAAUCAGGGAGAAGGGGAUGGAAUCUCGGAGAAGGGGAUGGAAUCUGGGAGAAGGGGGGGAAGGGGAUGGAAUCUGGGAGAAGGGGAUGGAAUCUGGGAGAAGGGGAUGGAAUCUGGGAGAAGGGGAUGGAAUCUGGGAGAAGGGGAUGGAAUGGGAGAAGGGGAUGGAAUCUGGGAGAAGGGGAUAGAAUCUGGGAGAAGGGGAUGGAAUCUGGAAGAAGGGGAUGGAAUGGGAGAAGGGGAUGGAAUCUGGGAGAAGGGGAUAGAAUCUGGGUGAAGGGGAUGGAAUAUGGGAGAAGGGGAUGGAAUCUGGGAGAAGGGGAUGGAAUCUGGGAGAAGGGGAUGGAAUCAGGGAGAAGGGGAUGGAGUCCGGGAGAAGGGGAUGGAAUCUUGGAGAAGGGGGUGGAAUCAAGGAGAAGGGGAUGGAAUCCGGGAGAAGGGGAUGGAAUCUGGGAGAAGGGGAUGGAAUCCGGGAGAAGGGGAUGGAAUCUGGGAGAAGGGGAUGGAAUCUGGGAGAAGGGGAUGGAAUCUGGGAGAAGGGGAUGGAAUCCGGGAGAAGGGGAUGGAAUCUGGGAGAAGGGGAUGGAAUCUGGGAGAAGGGGGGGAUGGAAUCUGGGAGAAGGGGAUGGAGUCCGGGAGAAGGGGAUGGAAUAUGGGAGAAGGGGGUGGAAUCAGGGAGACGGGGAUGGAAUCCGAGAAAAGGGGAUGGAAUCUGGGAGAAGGGGAUGGAAUCUAGGAGAAGGGGAUGGAAUGAGGGAGAAGGGGAUGGAAUCUGGGAGAAGGGGAUGGGAUCUGGGUGAAGGGGAUGGAAUCUGGGAGAAGGGGAUGGAAUCUGGGAGAAGGGGAUGGAAUCUGGGAGAAGGGGAUGGAAUCUGGGAGAAGGGGAUGGAAUCUGGGAGAAGGGGAUGGAAUUGGGGAGAAGGGGAUGGAAUCGGGGAGAAGGGGAUGGAAUCUAGGAGAAGGGGAUGGAAUCUGGUAGAAGGGGAUGGAAUCUGGGAGAUGGGGAUGGAAUCUGGCAGAAGGGGAUGGAAUCUGGGAGAAGGGGAUGGAAUCUGGGAGAAGGGGAUGGAAUCUGGGAGAAGGGGAUGGAAUCUGGGAGAAGGGGAUGGAAUCUGGCAGAAGGGGAUGGAAUCUGGGAGAAGGGGAUGGAAUCUGGGAGAAGGGGAUGGAAUCUGGAGAAGGGGAUGGAAUCUAGGAGAAGGGGAUGGAAUCUGGGAGAAGGGGAUGGAAUCUGGGAGAAGGGGAUGGAAUCUGGGAGAAGGGGAUGGAAUCUGGGAGAAGGGGAUGGAAUCUGGGAGAAGGGGAUGGAAUCUAGGAGAAGGGGAUGGAAUCUGGGAGAAUGGGAUGGAAUGA